CAAUGCCCUGCCCCGCGCGCCGUCUCGUUCCGGCCACGGCCCCACGCCCCGCCCCGCCAGCCAGUUCCCGGCUCCGCCCCGCCGUGUCGUCACGUCCCAGCCGCUGCGACGACGGACGUGGCGCCAUUGCCCGGCGGCCGUUGCUAGGCGCGCGCUGCGUGCCCUGCGCGGGAGCCGAGGCGGGAAGCGCGAGCAGCCCGAGUGGCGGCGCUAUGGCUCGAGUUUGGCAGCACCCCUUCAUCAACGUGUUCAGACACUUCAAGGUGGACGAGUGGAAGCGGUCUGCCAAGGAGGGCGACGUGUCCACUGUGAUGGACAAGGCUCUGAAGUGCACUGUGUACCGCAUUCGGGGCUCCAUCUCUGCCAGCAAUUACAUCCAGCUCCCCAGAACCAGCACCCAGUCCCUGGGGCUGACGGGAAGAUACCUGUAUGUGCUCUUCCGGCCACUGCCCACCAAGCACUUCGUCAUCCACCUGCACGUGUCCACUGAGGACGGCCAAGUCAUCCGGGUGUCCUUCUCCAGUCUCUUCAAGGAGUUCAAGGCCAUGGCCAUGUGGCUUCAGUUCCCUUUCAGCUGUGAGGCCAAGACACCCAGGAAAGGCCUGGUGGGUGUGGCCUCCCCCGGUGCCCGCUGGACAUGCCUGCAGCUCGACUGGCACGGCAUCCUCCUGAUCCACCUGAAGCAGCGCUACAGCCACCUGAAGAGUGUCAGGCUGUGCGCCAGCCUGCUCGUACGGAGCCUCUACACAAGUGACCUGUGCUUCAGCCCUGCUGUCACCGUCACUGAGGCCCAGCGUGCAAAGCUGCCCGUCACCCCCAUGCCACGGGAAAUGGCGUUCCCAGUGCCAGAAGGGGAGAGCUGGCAUGACCACUACGCCCACAUCCGGUUUCCAAGCGACAGCUCAGAAGCGCCUCUGCAGCCGGUUCAGAGGAGCGGUUCCCCUGCGGAGGCAGUCACUCUGGGGCACGUGCCCCAGCUCCACCCUCAGCCAGUGGCCUUCAGCAAGCCUGCCCAGGACAGCGUGGUCCCCGUGGCCCAGGCACCUGCCCCCCCUGCAUCCCACCAGGCCCACUCGGUGCCCAGGCCCCUUCCGGAGGUCAGCCUGUCCGGUGAGCACUCAGAGGCCUCCCGUGCAAGCGGCCCUGGAGGCUGCAGCCAAGAGCCGUCGGCCUGGGCUGGGGUCACUGAGGAGCAUGCGGCUGGCAGCAGUGUUUCUGUGUCCACCCAGAAGAGGCCUGCGGCCCUGGAGGACAUGGCACUCCGCACGGUGAGAGGCCGUCCAAGGAAGAGCUUCCUCCCGGAUCCCAUCCUGAGGCUUAAGCGGGUCAUCGGCUUCGGGGGCCACAGCACCAAACCGGCCCUGUGGACCAAUGACGGGGCCGCUGUCGUGUACCCCUGCCACGCCGUCAUUGUUGUCAUGCGCCUGGACACCCGGGAGCAGCGCCUCUUCCUCGGCCACACCGACAAGGUCUCUGCCCUGGCACUGGACGGGAGUGGUUCCCUGCUGGCCUCGGCCCAGGCGCAGCCCCCCAGCAUGCUGCGCCUCUGGGACUUCCAGACGGGCAGGUGCCUGUCACUGCUCCGGAGCCCGGUCCACACGCUCUGCACCCUCAGCUUCUCCAGCAGCGGGGCCCUGCUUUGCGGAGUCGGCAGAGACCACCACGGGAGGACGGUGGUGGUGGCCUGGGGCACAGACCAGGUGGGGCAAGGUGGUGAGGUGCUCGUUCUGGCAAAGGCACACACUGACACUGACAUCCAGGCAUUCGAGGUUGCCUUUUUUGAUGAAACCAGGAUGGCAUCGUGUGGGCGGGGCAGUGUGCGGCUGUGGCGGCUGCGCGGUCAGGCACUACGUUCCUGCCCCGUGGACCUGGGGGAGUACCAGGCGCUGGAGUUCACUGACCUAGCCUUCAGGCAGGCCCAGGACGGCAGUACGCUCUAUGUGUGUGGCAGCAGUGGCCACAUCCUGGAGAUAGACCCCCAGCGCAUGGCCGUGUGGCAUGCUCGCCGCCUUCUGCCCGUGCAGACCCCUGGCAGGCCCCUCCCACAGAAGCAGACCUUCAGCUCAGGCACUGGCAUCGCCAUCAGCAGCAUCAGCAUCUCCCAGGCCAUGUGUGCCGUGGGCUCUGAGGAUGGCUACCUGCGCCUCUGGCCCUUGGACUUCUCUUCUGUGCUCCUGGAAGCAGAGCACGAGGGCCCCGUCAGCUCGGUCCACAUCAGCCCGGACGGUUCGUGUGUGCUGUCCACCACCUGCUCGGGCCAGCUGGGCUGCCUGGAUGUCCCCUCCCGGGAGUACAGUGUGCUGGCACGCUCCCACACCGCCCCAGUGCUGGCCCUUGCCACUGAGCACAGUCGAGGGCAGCUGGCCACUGUGUCCCAGGACCACACUGUUCGCAUCUGGGACCUGGAGACCCUGCAGCAGCUGUAUGACUUCACGUCACCCGAGGAAGCCCCGUGCACCGUCGCCUUCCACCCCACGCAGCCAACCUUGUUCUGUGGCUUCCACAGUGGGGCUGUCCGUUCUUUUAGCCUGGAGGCCACUGAGGUCCUGGUGGAGCACAGGUGUCACCGAGGAGCCAUCACCGGCCUGGCCGCCAGCCCCGACGGCAGCCUCCUGUUCAGCUCCUGCUCUUGGGGUGCCCUGGUCCAGUACCACUGCGCUGUCGUCCGCUGCCACGUCCUGCGUGUGGCAGCUGGUGUUGUGUGCCAGGAUGCCCACCUGAGCCCCAACGCCCUUGCGCUCAGUGGGGACAGCCGCUUGCUGGCAUUCGUGGGUCCCUCCAAGCACAUGGUGACAGUCAUGGAUGCAAUCUCUUUGGAGAAGUUGCUGCAGGUUGACGUCAGUGCCCUGGACCUGGCCGGCAGACGCCAGGAUUCUGCUGUGGCUGUGUGUUUUGGCCCCGCACCUCCUGACCGCCUGCUGGUAUCUACGUCGUCCAAUACGAUCGUCGUGCUGGACGCCAUGUCAGGCCGUGUGGUCCGGAAGCUGCCUGGCACCUCUUCUGGGGUCUGCCCCUCCUUGGCUGUCAGUGGGGAUGCCCGCCUCCUGUUGACGGCCGCCUGCCGGGCGAUCAAGGUGUGGGACUACUCCAUGCAGGCCAGCCCUGGCUGCCAGGUGUACAUUGGCCACUCAGAGCCUGUGCGGGCUCUGGCCUUCACCCCCGACCAGCAGCAACUCCUCAGUGCGGGCGAUGCCGUCUUCUUCUGGGACAUCCUGGCCCCCCCUGAGAGGUCGCCCCCAGAAAGUGCCCGUAUCUCGCCCAGGGUCCUCCCUACCUUUGAGGCAGGUGAGUGGUCCCACCACGCUGGCAGGCUCUGUGCUGACAUCAUAGUGCCAGCACUGCAGCCACUGUGGGCAGCACAGGCCAGUUCCUUUCCUGGGGUUCCCAGCACAGAGCUGGGCGCAGUGAGCUGGACACACCUCCCCCAACUCACUCAGCCCUCCGACGCCCUGAACACAGCUGGGCUCCUUCUGUCCUCAGUCUGGGGUGCCAGACAGCUGGAGCACGCGGCAUCGGGGGCCGGUGGGCUCCCUCGGCGGCAGGUGCCCAUGCCCUCCCCGGCAUCCCCACCUCAGCCGGGCAUCUGCGAUCGCCCACCCGAGGGUGGUGACGGUGAGGGCAGUGCCCGGGGGCUGGCCAGGGCAUGUUCCAGCUCCCUCUGCAGAUGCUGCUUCAGGCCUGUGGGGCGGGGCAUGGGGGCAGAGGCUCUGCGCCCCUCUCACCGCGGCCCCCCUUCCCCAGGCACUUUCUCCGUGUCGGAUGAAGAAGCGCUCUCUGAGCGGAGUCGCAGCCCUGAGGGGCCCCAUCAGGCCUCAGGCCCACCCGCGCUGGGGGAGGAGGCCGGCCCAGCCGGAGACGAGGCCCGGAGGACUGCCCGUCCCAGCGGCUGGCUCAGUGCUCGGAGCAGGAGAUCCCGGGCAGGGCCUGCUGCCCGCCAAGACUCCUACCAGCACGUCGUGGCUCCCUACAAGGCCUCCCCAGGGGCCAAGAGCAUCUCCCCAGCUCCUGGCAGCAGCUGGCUGCACCUGAAGGCUGUUGUGGGCUACAGUGGGAAUGGGAGGGCCAACGUGGUCUGGAGUCCAGACACAGGCUUCUUCGCCUACACGUGCGGCUGCCUGGUGGUGGUGGAGGACCUGCACUCUGGCGCCCAGCGGCACUGGCCUGGCCACCCUGAGGCGAUCUCCACAUUAGCCCUCAGCCACGAUGCCCAGAUCCUGGCCUCUGCCUCGGGCUGCAGCGGUUCCACCCCCCGGGGCCAGAUCCGCAUCUGGGACGUGCCCCGGGGCUCCAGCCGGCAGCUCGCCUCCCACCACAACACUGCCAUGCAGGCCCUGGCUUUCUCGCCGGAUGACGGGCUACUGGUCACACUGGGGGACUAUCUUGACUGCACCCUGGCCCUGUGGAGCAUGGCUACCUAUGAGCUCCUGUCUUCCACCCGCCUCCUCGAGCCGGUGCAUGGCAUGGCCUUCAACCCCUGGGACGCCGGGGAGCUCGCCUGCGUGGGCCCGGGUGCCGUCACCCUGUGGCUUGUGCAGCAGCAUGGGGCCGACAUCAGUCUCCAGGUGCACCGAGACCCCAUUCCCAAGGAGGUGGCAGCAGGCAUGCUGACCUCUGUGUGCUAUGGGACCAUGCCCUUGCUCUACGGUGGCUCCAACACUGGCCAGGUCUGCGUCUGGGACAUGCAGGCCCACCGCUGCUUCCUGGCCUGGGAGGCGGAUGAUGGCGAGAUCGGCGUGCUGCUGUGCUCGGGUGCCUGGCUGGUCAGCGGCAGUAACACCAGGCGGCUACGUCUGUGGGCAGUGGGAGCCGUGCCGGAGCUGAGGUGCAGGGGCUCUGGGGCCAGGUCCGGCUCAGUGUUGAUGGAGAACGAGCUGACCCUGGACGGGGCCAUUGUGAGCGCGGUCUUCCACGACAGCAUGGACAUGGGCGUGGUGGGCACCAUGGCAGGCACGCUCUGGUUCAUCAGCUGGGCCGAGGGCAGCAGCACGCGCCUCAUCAGUGGCCACAGGAGCAAGGUGAAUGAGGUGGUUUUCAGCCCCAGUGAGUCCCACUGUGCCACAUGCUGUGAUGACGGGAGCGUGAGGGUGUGGUCCUUGACCAGCAUGGAGUUGGUGAUCCAGUUCCAGGUGCUGAACCAGAGCUGCUUCUGCCUUGCCUGGAGCCCCCUGUUGUGUGGGCGUCCAGAGCAGCAGCGGGUGGCAGCAGGCUACAGCGAUGGCACACUCAGAGUCUUCAGCCUCUCCCGAGUCGCGAUGGAGCUCAAGAUGCACCCCCACCUGGCCGCGCUGACAGCCAUUGCCUUCUCUGCUGACGGUCAGACCAUCCUCUCUGGAGACAAGGAUGGGCUUGUGGCUGUGAGUAGCCCCCACACAGGCGUGACCUUCCAUGUCCUGAGUAACCACUGUGGUGCCCCGAUCUCCACCAUCCAGAGCACAACCAAAGAGUAUGGAGACUUCGAUGUGGAGGGCUCAGACCUCUGGCUGGCCACCAGUACAGACCAGCAUGUCAGCGUCUGGGCCUCUGACUGGCCGCGGAACCACUGUGAGCUUGUGGACUGGCUGAGCUUCCCGGCACCCACCCUCAUGGAGAGCCUCAGCUGUCCGCCGCCCCCCCUCGCCGCCUUCUGCCCCUGGGACGGGGCGCUGCUGGUGUGCGCCGGCCUGGGUGUGCACCCGGAAGUGGUCUUCUACAGCCUCCGCCAUAAGCAGGUGGUGGAGAAGAUCCCGCUGCCUUUCUCUGCUAUGUCCCUGAGUCUGUCCCCCUGGGCCCGCCUCAUGGCCAUUGGCUUUGCUGGGCGUGUGCUGAGGCUGGUGGACUGUGAGUUGGGGUCUGCACAGGACUUUGCUGGCCACAGCGACUCAGUAUGGCUCUGCAGGUUUGCCCCUGUCUCCCGGCUACUGUUCACGGCAGCCCACAACGAGAUCUUGGUGUGGGAGGUCGCAGGCCACUGACCGGCAGCGGGGACCGUGGGGUCAGGUGUACCCUGCUGGUAUCACCGGGCGCCUGGCUGGAGCAGAAGCUCGACCAAGAAGCCGUGCUGGCCAUGGGACUGACGACUCUGUGGGGUGGGCCGUGCUGGGCGUGCCAACGACUCUGUGCGUGCGUCAGGACCCUGAACGUGGGUGAAGUGCUUGUCCAUUCUUUACCUGAGGGCUUUUCCUGCUCCUGCCUUGCGGUUCAAAUAAACGUGUGUGUUGGAUUGUG